UUGCCGCGCUGGUCGCGGAUUCGAGCUGCGAAACUGAACUCACCGUCAUUGGGUCUGGCGUGUACUGCCCGCCCGAAAUUGCGAAAUACUGGGGCUACCGCAAGCGUUGCCCGUAUUCAUACGCCUCCGACGUGUGGAGCACCGCAGCGGUGUUUUAUUUGUUCCUCACAUGCGGUGCUGCGGGUGUGGACGAUGGCAUGGCCGCCGUCUUCUCAACCGACGCUUCACCGUCUGCCGACGUUGCAGUGACGGCCCAGUUCCGUGUGGCGCGCGGAGAGUACCCGACGCUGGCGGUGCUGAAGCAGGUUCCUCUCUUGGACGACGAAGCCCUCCGUCUUGCCAUGGAGAAGCUUGCGGCACGGCGUGCUGGCCACACUGCCGGAGGUGGUGCCGAUGGGGAGCCUGAGGGAGUUGACUACACGCGGUACACGACCGUGGACGGCGAGGGCACACAAGCUUGUCCGUGUAAGGACACAGGUGUGUGGCCCGCCUGGGUCUUUUCUCCGGGCAUCCAACUGAUGGCAAGGCGCCUGCGUGUGAGGGAGCUCUCGUUGGAGUUCCUGAGCCUCAUUGAUUCCAUGAUGGCGGUGAACCCUGCGGAUCGUCCGACGGCGGAAGCCGUGCUGCUGGACUCGCCCGUGUUUGGAAUGCGGAUGCCGUGGUGGGAGAAGGUGGUGGAGAAGGCCGUGCGGCGCGUUGUGGAGGGCAAAGAGAAUGUGCUGCUGGAUGUGUGCGUCGGUGAUAGCGACGAGGAAGAGGAGGAGGACGAGGAGGAGGCCGCACUUGUACGGCGCACCAUGAUGCCUCUUGUUUUGCCCGCGGAGAACCACGGCUACGUUCCACACAACGUAAUCCAUUGGUGGAACGUGGACCUCACAAGAGGCGAGCCAGAUCACACGAAGUGGCUUUCGCCCACCUCGCUUCUCGCUUCUCUCCUUACAACGGUUCGGGAUCUGACCGGGCUUGAGGCAGCGCGUGAUGCACAGGACCCCGUUCUUCGAGAGGUGCCGUUGUACACCGCCACUUCGCUGCAGUUUGUUGAGCGUGUGUGCGUGCCCGUUCGCGGUACCGAUGUUUCAGCCAGGAAAAUUGAGGACGGGCCCCUUUUCCGGGAGCUUGAGGCUGGCGGCCACAGCACUGGCUUCUUUAUUCAUGUGCAGAUAAGGAUACGUGCCAUCGCUAGGGCCGGGCAGGUACUGAUGGCGAACGGCUGGGCCGAGGAGGAGGAUGUGGCGGACCAGGAGGAAAUGGCUAGGCGUGCCAUGGAGGAGUUGGUAGCCACGACGGAGAAGUGGCUUCUCAGCCGCGAGGCGACCACCGGCGUGGCGGCUCUCCACGUGUUGCCAUGGGUGAGUUGGCACCUCAACGAGGAGGAGGCCGGCACGGACGGAAGCACGCAGCACUGCUUCAUUGUGGAGUACGCAGCUGCAGGGCCCGGAGACGGGCAGCCGCAGCCGUGUGCCAAUGAAAGCAGUGUUACGGGGGAGGUCUCUAGCGUUUUUCGCGACUGGCGAGCCAACUUGACGGAUGGCCUGCAGAGACUGUGUUGCGACGACGCCACUGCCCCUGACGAGACGACGCAUGACGGAGCGUCCAAUGCUCCACGCGGCGGCCUCAGGUUGGAGGAAAAACUUGAGGCGAUGCUGGAUGCUCUUGAGGCCGUAGAGUCGGAGCUGAUGGAGAGACAGAAACGGAACGAGGCGCACCAGGGACUACUUCAAGACCACGUGGUUCACUGGCUCAGCGUGAGAGCUGCGCCCUCCGUGGAGAGGUGCAUGGAGACUCUUCAGGGCGUGUGUGGCGGCGGAGACGUGUCCUCACAACAGAUACACGAGUGGAUAUUGACCACUGUCUUCACAAGCGAGGGUGCGAUGGCCUUGAUGCCGGUUCUACGCAUCUAA